CAAAGCAGAGACAUUCAUUCACUGAUCACUCCAAAAGUCAUGGACUGGUUUUCUUGGCUAUCAAAAACAGGGCUUGACCCUUCACUUGUGUAUGAAUAUGGCCUUACCUUUGCCCACAAUGAGCUUGAACAUGAAGAUAUUGUUUACUUCAACCAUGAAUUCCUCCAAAGCAUGGGAAUCUCCGUAGCCAAACACAGGCUAGAGAUCCUCAAAUUAGCAAGAAAACAGAGAGGAACAAGCCCAAGAAGCAUAUCAAAGAUUCUUGUUGCAAUCAAGAAGACAAAGAAGAGUCUCGAGAGGUAUAUUACGACACUGAUUUGCCGCGAAACAUCGGCUAUUGUUGUGGUUCCAAGGCCAAGCUAUAGCAAUAGAAUGAGAGGAGCAAUGUUGAAGAGGAAAAAGAAGAUGGUUUUGGCUAAACAAGAGAGGCUUUUGCUCACAAAUGGAAGCCCUGGUAUUAGGGUUGAUAGCUUUUCAAGUCCUUAUGAUCAUCAACAGAUGGAGGCCUGUGAUGAUGAUGAAGGGUACUGGUCAACUGGUCUUGAAGAGAUCAGGUGGGAUACUAUGUUUCAAGAUUUAAAACCCACAUAAGAUUCACUCUCUUGUUCUUUUUUCUUAAGUUAAUUUAUUGGUUUUGUUUCUUCUGAUCCUUCAAAUGUUCAUGGUGAUAGAUGGGUUUUAGGGGUUCUUCCACCAUAACUUUUUUCUUCUAAUUUUCCUUUUUUCUUGUCAUUUAGGUUGUGUGAUUAGAAAUAUUUUGUUAAAUCCUUGUCUUUAGUAGGUGGGUCUGGCAGCGUCUGUUCAAGCAAUCAGUUUGUCUCCCCUGCUUUUGUGCCUUGUUAUCCUUUUCUUGAUAGGAAAGGAAGCCCUAGUGUUUUAAUUUAGUGUUGUCAUAUUUAGGAGAGUGAUUUGUAUUAGCUAUGCAAGUAAGCAUAAUAUUGUAAGAAUCUUUGUUUCCAAAGCUAUACCAACGAGAGAGGUGGUUCGGUUGACAA